AUGUCCGCUCCCCACGACACGCCCGCCCACACCACACACCCCAUCAACACGACGACGCCCGCCGACCCCCCACUCAAGGGCGACGCAACCGCCGCGCACCCACCCCCGCAAAAGCCCGAUCCAACCCUUUCCUCCAACGACCAUGGCGCCGCCCAAGGAGGACAGUCCACCCCCCAUCCCUCCCCCGCCGCCGAACUCACCCGUCUUAAAAGCACGCUGAAGGCCUCGCUGCGCCAAUUCAAAGACUUCCCCGAGCCAGGCAUCUUGUUCGAGGACAUCCUGCCCAUCUUUGCCAACCCGCAAUUGCACGAGGGACUGCUGCGCGGUCUUGAAUUGUCCAUCGAGCAGCAAUUUGGCGCCUCGGGUGCCAAGCCUGAUGUCGUUGUCGGACUCGAUGCGCGUGGGUUCCUGUUCGGACCUAGUCUGGCGCUGAGGCUGGGUGCAAGUUUUGUGCCCGUCAGGAAGAGGGGCAAGUUGCCUGGUCCGUGUGAGACGGCUGAGUACAAGAAGGAGUAUGGAAGCGACUUCUUCCAGAUGCAGGCGGAUGCUAUCAAGAGCGGGCAGAAGGUGCUCAUUGUUGAUGACAUUAUCGCAACUGGUGGCUCCGCAGCUGCAGCUGGUUCUCUGGUGAAGAAGCUAGGAGGAACUAUCAUGGGUUACCUUUUCAUUCUCGAGCUGGACUUCCUCAAGGGCCGCGAUCAGCUCGAUGCGCCUGUACACACAUUGCUUUCGGGCCAGGAGGAGAAGAUGGUGCAGUAG